AUGAGCACCCCCAAACUCGUCACCGCCGCCAAGCCACGGCUCCAAGAGUCGCCCGACGAACGCGAAGCCAGAGUUGAGCGUCUCUGGUCCCGAUUGGAUCCUGCCGGCAAGGGGGAGUUGGACUUGAAGGGCCUGCAGAAGGGUUUUCGCCGCAUUGAUCAUCCUCUGAAGAAUGCCAACAAUCUGCUCAAGCAGAUCAUGAAGGAGGUCGAUACGAACCACGAUGGGAAAAUCCAAUUUGAAGCUCUCUCUGCAUGUGUCGCCAGACACACCAACGCGGUACCUGAUAUUUACGCGGCUCACCCUGUAGAGUUUCGCAACUUCGUCGAGAAAACCGAGCGGCAGCUGCUUCUGCUUUUUCAAGCCAUCGACAAGGACGGCAACGGCAAACUUGACGCGGCCGAGCUCCAGACUGCUUUUCGCACAGCCGGUCUGAGCGUUUCGAAUCGUCGAGUCGCCGACUUCUUCCACGACUUGGACAGGAACAAUGACGGUUUUGUCAGUUUUGAGGAAUGGCGAAACUUUCUCCUCUUCAUGCCAGCCUGCGAACACGACUCCCAACUCCAAGCCGUCCUAUCCUACUACGACUCCGUCGUCAGCGUCACGCCCGAGGGAGACUCUCUUGUCAGUGACGAAACUUUGGAAGGUCUAGUUAGAGUAGCGUCUGCGUUGCCCUCCCCGGCAGGAUCGUCUUCCGGGUCUCCUACGGGCCCCGUACGAGACAGUACGGCACCUACAUGUACAGACGCAGAUGCCGACGCUGUGCAUGUCCCACCAAAGCCUGGAAUGAAUGCCGUGGCGAGCGCACAUGAAGAGCGCGACAGCGUCCCAUCCACGACAACAAAGCGGCGGCGGUUAGUCGCAACAAAACCCACACGGCUAGAACCUUCAACACCUACACAGUCUACACAGCACGUUGGCGAUGGCACCUCAAAAGAGCACAUGGAAGAACCGUCACAAUCUUGGGCGGGCGUGGAAAUCAGAACCCGACAAAAGUUUAAACUGACAGAUUUUGCGCCUGAUCCAGGUUACUUCCUAGCGGGUGCCAUCGCCGGCGGGGUUUCUCGUACGGCCACUGCGCCACUCGACCGGUUAAAGGUCUAUUUACUGGUCAACACCAGCACCAGCCCCGAGACUGCAGUUGCCGCCAUCACCCAAGGUCGCCCCAUAGCCGCCGCGGUCAAGAACGCGCUCAGACCCAUCAGCGAUGCCGUUGGAGACUUGUUCCGCAACGGCGGUAUCCGAAGUUUCUUUGCGGGCAAUGGCCUGAAUGUGAUCAAAAUCAUGCCAGAGACGGCCAUCAAAUUUGGGUCGUAUGAAGCAGCCAAGCGAGCCCUGGCCAACUUGGAGGGCCAUGGCGACGCCAGAAAUGUCAAGUCGUAUUCAAAAUUCACCGCAGGCGGUGUUGCCGGCAUGAUUGCACAAUUUUGCGUUUAUCCACUAGAUACCCUCAAAUUCCGCUUGCAGUGCGAGACUGUUAAAGGAGGCCCGACGGGCAGCGCACUAGUCCGUCAGACGGCUGUCAAGAUGUACGCCGACGGCGGCGUUCGAGCGUGCUACCGUGGUGUGACCAUGGGUCUCGUGGGCAUGUUCCCGUACAGCGCCAUAGACAUGGCCAUGUUUGAGCUGCUCAAGAAUUCAUACCGAACGUACUACGCCAGGUAUGCCGGUUGCAAUGAGGAGGAUGCCAACCCUGGCAAUAUUGCCACGGGCAUCAUCGGCGCAACAUCUGGGGGGUUCGGCGCGACGGUCGUGUACCCGCUCAACGUGGUGCGAACACGGCUGCAGACGCAAGGAACCGUGAUGCACCGAGCGACGUAUACUGGCAUAUGGGACGUGGCCCAAAAGACCAUUCAGAAGGAGGGAUAUCGUGGUCUGUAUAAGGGAUUGUCGCCGAACCUGCUCAAGGUUGCACCUGCGCUGAGCAUCACGUGGGUGGUGUAUGAAAACUCCAAGUCCGUGCUUGGGUUACAAUGA